GCCUAGUUUUAGCCUGGGUAACCGAGAGGUGGUCGCCAUCUUGCGUACGGAGGUGCCGUUUGUUUCCGCGAUUCUGAGAGCUGGGGUUUUAGUUCUUUCAGACCUCGGCUUUAGGGCUGUGUCUCCGCUUUUCUUUCACCUUCACAGAGGUUCGUGGCUUCCAAGAAGAAGGUUUUAUUGGGAGGUAAAGGUCAAUGCGUAGGGGUAGAGUAAGAUGUCUUAUGGUGAAAUUGAAGGUAAAUUCUUGGGACCUAGAGAAGAAGUAACGAGUGAACCACGCUGUAAAAAAUUGAAGUCAACUACAGAGGCAUAUGUUUUUCACAAUCAUAGUAAUGCCGAUUUUCACAGAAUCCAAGAGAAAACUGGAAAUGAUUGGGUCCCUGUGACCGUCAUUGAUGUCAGAGGACAAAGUUAUUUGCAGGAGAACAAAAUUGAAACUACAGAUUUACAUAAACCUUUACAUGAUGAGAUGCCUGGUAAUAGACCAGAUGUUAUUGAAUCCAUUGAUUCACAGGUUUUACAGGAAGUACGUCCUCCAUUAGUAUCCACAGACGAUGAGAUAUAUAGCACAAGUAAAGCAUUUAUAGGACCCAUUUACAAACCCCCUGAGAAAAAGAAACGUAAUGAAGGGAGGAAUGAGGCAGACGCUCUAAAUGGUAUAAAUGGCAGAGGAGGACAAAAAGAGAAACAGAAAUUUAACUCUGAAAAAUCAGAGAUAGACAAUGAAUUAUUCCAGUUUUACAAAGAAAUUGAAGAGCUUGAAAAGGAAAAAGAUGAUUUUGAGAACGAUUGUAAAGAAUCUGAACCUUCUCAGGAACAGUUGAUUCCAUUUUAUCAAGGCCAUAAUAAUGGUCUCUUAAAACCUGACGAAGAAAAGAAAGAUCUUAGUAAUGAUGUUUUUCCAUCACAUUGUGAUUAUCAGCAGAACUUGGGGAAUGAGACAGGCAAAUAUCCCUGUAAUGGACAAAUAAUACCUACAUUUUGUGACACUUCAUUUACUUCUUUCAGGCCUGAAUGGCAGGCAGUGCAUCCUUUUAUAGUGCCCCAUGGUCCACCUCUUCCCAGUUUGAACUAUCAUUUAAAUAUUCAAAGAUUCAGUGCUCCACGAAAUCUACCAUCAAAUAUUUUCCAAGCGCAAGAUGACUCUCACAUACAAAAUGGAUAUUAUGUAAAUAAUUGUCAUGUUAACUGGAAUUGUAUGACUUUUGAUCAGAACAAUGAAUAUGCUGACUGUAGUGAGAAUAGGAGUAGUGUUCGUCCCUCUGGAAAUGGCUGCAGUAUGCAAAAUGAGUAUGUGAGUGAUGGUUUCUGUGAAGUCAGAGAAAGAUACUGGAAAGAUCCUGGCAUGGACAAGCAUAAUGGAACAGACAGGUUUGUGAACCAGCAGUUUCAAGAGGAAAAGUUGAAUAAAUUGCAGAAGUUACUUAUUCUUUUAAGAGGUCUGCCUGGUUCUGGGAAAACAACAUUGUCUCGAAUUCUGCUUGGUCAGAAUCGGGAUGGCAUUGUGUUCAGCACUGAUGACUAUUUUCACCAUCAAGAUGGGUACAGGUAUAAUGUUAAUCAACUUGGUGAUGCCCAUGACUGGAACCAGAACAGAGCGAAACAAGCUAUCGAUCAGGGAAGAUCUCCAGUUAUAAUAGAUAACACUAAUAUACAAGCUUGGGAAAUGAAGCCAUAUGUGGAAGUGGCCAUAGGAAAAGGAUACAGAGUAGAGUUUCAUGAACCUGAAACUUGGUGGAAAUUUGAUCCUGAAGAAUUAGAAAAGAGGAAUAAACAUGGUGUGUCUCGAAAGAAGAUUGCUCAGAUGUUGGAUCGUUAUGAAUAUCAAAUGUCCAUUUCUAUUGUAAUGAAUUCAGUGGAACCAUCACACAAAAGCACACAAAGACCUCCUCCUCCACAGGGGAGACAGAGAGGAAGAGUUUUGAAGAAAACCGGGCAUAGGCUCAGCAAAACCAAACAGAAGAGGAACAGAAAAAGAAACAAAAAGCAGAACAGUCAGAAUAAAAUCAUGGAGGAAGACUCAUUAGAAUUCUUAAGUGAUCUUACACCAGAUCAGGACCCAUCUCAGAGUGAAGAGGAAGACAUUGCAAAGACCAGAAGAGAAUCAGAAUAUCCUUUCAUUGGUGGUCUACAAAAUGAAGUCAGAGAUUUUGUGACUGGGUAUAAAGAAAAAAGAUGGAAAAAUAAAGAUCCUAAACACAGUUUCCAAAACGUUAUGUCUAUAGUUGAAUUGGACAACAUACCAAAGAAUUACCUCUCUAAGGAAGGUGAUAACUUGUUUGUAACUUUGUCACUGAUGCCAGAUGAAACCUCUGUUACUAGUCCAAUAGUGACUCAAAACCUUUCCUGUGUAACAACCGAUGACUGCUCUGGCAUGAAGGUAGAAAAGCAUAUUAGAAAUAGGCGUACCAUAGCGUUAGACACCCAGGACCUUGCUGCGGAAACUUCAUGCUCAUUUAUGAAGAAGAGAGAAAUAGUAAAUAAAAGUCUCCCACGUGAACCCGUUCUGUGCCAUCAACGUGGAAUCAGAGUGUCAGAUAAAGUUUUAAGAGAGGAACAAGUGUAUGCAAUUAAAAUCAGUCACUGGGUUUUUUUCACAAUCAGUUUAUCUGAUGAAGAUUUACAGCUGGGCUCUGACAGACAGCCCUAUUUUGGUAGCUGGCCUGCAGGACCUCAUAAGUGUAUAUGUGAACAGAGACCAAAGAAAGAUAGCGCACGUAAGUUGACUGGUCCUGACAGCAGGGGGCAAUGGAUUCAAUUGAUCUUCACUUCGGUGGCAGCAUCCGGACCAGGAAGCAGUCCAGAAAUAUUGACCGACAAACUACUGAUAGGAAAUGAUGAUUUUUCACCUCCACCUGAAACUAUAGAUUCAUUCAUAGAAACAAACCUCUUCAGAAGCUGCUUACCUCAACUGGAUAUACCAAAGAAUGCCUUACAAUCAACAAAAAAUAAGAAAAGGAUUUUCAAUGUGGUACCAAAUUUUAACUUAUUAGGACAGAGUCAUAUCAGUGUAAAAGACGGGGAGAAAUGUGACCUGUUAACAAAAAAUCAUGGACUAAAAAUUACUUUGGGAGAAGAAAAAGAUAGAAUUUCAGAAAGGAACAGUGAAGAGGAGAAUAAGCAAAAACUUAUGACCUUUGAUCAUCAUCCAUUGUGGUUUUACCUUGAUAUUAUGAAAGCUCCCCCUUUAAAUAUUGGUGGACAGCGUUAUUCUCAUUGCCUGUCAUUUAACAGACUAAGGUGCUCUGCAUCUUUAUACAAAAAUUAUAUUCCUUCUUUUGUGCUGCAUAAUAUGUCUAGUAUUUGGAAGGCAUCUUUUACAAACAAGAAACUGUUUUUGACUUUCGAAUCUCAGACAAGAGUAGGUAAUAAACUAAAUGAUGCAGGGUUUAUUACCCCAGAAAUUUUACACAGUCAUCCUGACACUUCGUGCUCUUUGGGAAUCAGUUCUGAUUUUCACUUUUUAAAUGAAAGAUUUGAUGGAAAGCUGAAAAGAUGGGAAGAACCUAAGCAAUUACCAGCUGAGGACAACCAAGACUUAACAAGCACUCACUGUAGUUCCCUUGGGCUACCAUUAUCACAAGGGUUUGCCUUGCAACUAGUAAAGCUUUUUGGAUCUCCAGGCGUUCCAAUGGAAUCCUUGUUGCCUGAUGACUAUGUGGUUCCCCUUGACUGGAAGACACUAAAGAUGAUCUACUUGCAAUGGAAGAUAUCAGUGGAGAAAAGACAGAAGAUGGUUGAAAAAUGAAAAUUCCUUGAACCUUGACUUCUGCUGUCUUCAUGGUACUGCUGAAGAUCGUGAUCAUGGAGAAAAGUCAGAGUGCCCAGCGCCAACCCAAGGGAUUCUUUCCAGAGACAUACCCGUUGGAUACCAAAAUUAGUUUGGAUAAUCUGUCCAACCAUUCUCGAUAAGUUAUCUGAAUAAUAAAAAAAACUCAACAGAGGAGGUAACAAUUUAAACAUUUUAUUGUCUAAUUUCUAGAUGUUUACCAUACUUUAUAAUUUGAUAGAAGAAAAUAAGGCACAGAAAACUUGAGUACCUUAUUUUAAAAACUGCAUUAGGAUUAAAAGGUUAGCCCCUAUAUCAAAGUAUUGGUCUAGAAAUGAUCCCAUUUCUAGAAUUCUGAAAUCCAAAAAGCUCUGAAAAUCGAAAGUUAUUUUUCCAAAUGUGUUCACUGUGGUAAAAUACACAAAUAUAAAAUUUACCAUCUUAACUGCUUUUAAGUGUGUUAUAAAUACAUUCAUGCUACCAUC